AGGUAACCAACAAGUCUUGACCUUUGACCUCGGCACAGAAAAUAGUUCAACAAUAUGCCGGGCAAGCAAACUAGCAUAUAUGGUGAAUAUCAAAGGAAACGGAAUCCUACUACACUUUACAUCAGAGUUUGAGGUGACUAGAUUUGAGAAGAUUCUUGAUGGUGCUAAGUAUAAUCAGAAGCAAGCAGAUAAGAAAUCAUUGUUUUCACAACGAACAGAUGAAGCCUCGGCAGUGCAGUAUUUUCAGUUCUAUGGAUAUUUAUCCCAACAACAAAACAUGAUGCAGGAUUACAUCAGGACGUCAACAUACCAGAAAGCAAUGUUAACCAACCAUGAAGACUUCAAAGACAAGGUUGUACUGGAUGUUGGCGCUGGAUCAGGGAUCUUAUCAUUCUUUGCCAUUCAAGCCGGAGCACGUAAAGUCUAUGCCAUUGAAGCCAGCUCAAUAUCAGAACAAGCAAAGCAACUCGUCAAAGCCAACAACCUUGCAAACCGCAUCACGGUGGUCCCAGGGAAGGUGGAGGAGGUGACGAUACCGGAGCAGGUGGACCUAAUCGUCUCGGAACCCAUGGGAUACAUGCUCUUCAAUGAGAGAAUGUUAGAAAGCUUCCUUCAUGCCAAGAAGUGGCUUAAACCUGGUGGUAAGAUGUUCCCUACCCAAGGAGAUGUCCACAUCGCUCCAUUCACAGACGAUGCUCUCUACAUGGAACAAUUCACAAAAGCAAACUUCUGGUAUCAACAGUCUUUUCAUGGUGUCGACCUUACUUGCCUCAGAGAAACAGCUUUACAGGAGUUCCUCAGACAACCUAUAGUGGAUACAUUUGACAUCAAGAUCUGCCUAGCGAGGACCUACAAGUAUACCGUUGACUUCUUGACGACGAGUGAAAGUGACCUUCAUAGAAUCGAGAUUCCCCUUCAGUUCAAGACGCAUCAAUCAGGAGCCGUCCAUGGCCUUGCUUUCUGGUUCGAUGUAGCCUUCCACGGGUCAUUACAAUCUGUAUGGCUAUCCACAGCACCAACUGAGCCUCUCACUCACUGGUAUCAGGUUCGAUGCUUACUACGGUCACCUAUCUAUGUCACAAAGGGUCAAAGAUUAACAGGGAAGGUUAUACUCAUCGCCAAUGCAAGGCAAAGCUAUGACAUCGAUCUCGAGCUAGAAUCCCCCGGGUCGGAGGUCAAGUCAACCAACAGACUGGACCUGAAGAACCCUCUCUUCCACUACACCGGCCAGCAGGUCAUGCAAGGAGGCGCCCACACCAGUUCACCGUCAGAGAGCUACUGGAGCCAGCUGGGCAACGGAACGGCCAUGGAUGCCACCGGCGGCUCGACGCUGGGCAACGGGUACAGCAACGGCCAGGGGCUGAGUACAGGUGUGGUUCAGUCGAUACCUAUUGCUAACACCGAACCCAUCGCCCACAGUACCGUCUUACCCGGAGGACUCACCCAGAGGCAGUAUACCGUGGCUAUCCCUUCGUCCGUCGGCCAGGCAAUGUCUUCUCUAUGCUUCACUAACAACCAAUCCAGCGGGCAAUACCAGCAGCAGCAGCAGCAACAACAGGUGCAGCAAUCGCAGGCGCAACAGCUUCAGCAAGGUCGGAUGUCGCACGGAUCGUCAGGUGGUCGGAGUCACAUGAUGGUGGAUCAGAUGGGAGGCAUGUAUGGGGGCGUCCAACAACAGAGGCAUAACAAAUAUGGUACACAGAUGAACUGAUGAUAGGGGAUGGGGGCGAAUGGUAGAUUGAACUAAAUUGGCAACAUUGUGGAGCAGUCGUAACUAUCCAGUAUUCAAAUUCUGUAAAACCUGGUACCGGUUGUUCAGCACCCGACAACCACAGAGUCAUAACAAAUGCUAGUAUGGUACACAAAUGGUACACAAAUGAACUGAUGAUAGGGGGUGAUCAGUAAGUGGAACUGGAUUGGCAACGUUGCGGAGCAGGCCUCACUGUCCAUCAUUCACUCUCUGUAGCACCUGGUAGCCAGGGGUUUGUCUGACAAAGCUGGAAGUAUGCAAAUGUUUUGAAGGUUUCAUUUUUGUCUCACCUGCGAAGCAGAGUGAGACUAUAGGCGCCGCUUUUCCGACGGCGGCGGUGUCAACACCAAAUCUUAACCAAAAAGUAUAUGGACCUAGUUCAUGAAACUUUGCCAUAAUGUUAAUCAAGUAUUACUGAACAUCCUGCCUGAGUUUCGGGUCACAUGCCCAAGUUCAAAGGUCAUUUAGGGUCAAUGAACUUAGACGAUGUUGGGGGAAUCAACAUCAAAAUCUUAACCUAAGGUUAAGUUUUUGAAAUGUCGUCAUAACUUCAAAAAAUAUAUGGACCUAGUUCAUGAAACUUGGACAUAAGGUUAAUCAAGUAUAACUGAACAUCCGGCAUGAGUUUCAAGUCACAUGACCAAGGUCAAAGGUCAUUUAGGGUCAAUGAACUUUGGCCAAGUUGGGGGUAUCUGUUGAAUUACCAUCAUAACUUUGAAUGUUUAGGGAUCUGAUUCAUGAAACUUGGACAUAAGAGUAAUCAAGUAUCACUGAACAUCCUGUGCGAGUUUCAGGUCACAUGAUCAAGGUCAUUUAAGGUCAACGAACUUUGGCCAAGUUGGGGGUAUUUAAUGAAUUACCAUCAUAACUUUGAAAGUUUAUGGAUCUGAUUUAUGAAACUUGGACAUAAGAGUAAUCAAGUAUCAUUGAACAUCCUGUGUGAGUUUCAGGUCACAUGACCAAAGUCAAAGGUCAUUUAAGGUCAUUGAACUGGCCAUUUUGGAGGUAAUUAUUAGAUUGCUGUCAUACCUUUCAAAGUUUAUAGAUAUAGUUUAUAAAAUGUGGAUAUAGGGGUAAUCAAUUAUCACUGAUCAAGGUCAAAUGUCAUUUAUUGUCAAUGAACGUAGUAUUUUAUCAUUAUAUGAAUGGUGUUUUUGUGAAUAAUUAUUUUAUAGUAGUUUUCAAAGUCAGCACUGGUGCUAUAUUGAAUCGCGUGAUGCAGGUGAGACAGCCAGAGGCACUCCACUUGUUAAAUGAAUGCAAUAUGAUAAAAACCCGGCAAUUGUCUGCAAAACACACAUUUGAGGUCGUUAUUUUUUCAAGAUUGAAGUUUCUGACAAAGAACCUUUCACAUUUGUUUUUAUGGUUUAUUUAUUUUUUGAAAGUUUUGCCAUACUGAGAAUGUUGCUGCCAUUAUUACAACCUAUGCCUUUUGGAAACAUAAAAACAAUCGUUUUUUCUUGGUUACUUUUUGCAGACAAGUGCAUGGUUUUGAUAGAUCUUCCGACAGUUACGACUGCUGAAGUAUGAUGUCAAUGCAAAUUAUCAUGAGCAUUUGGCUCAGAUGUAAAUAUCAGUACCAUGUACUACUUAUAUCGGGAUUUUUUUACCUUAUUUUUUUUGUCUUUUAUUUUAGCAUUUUUCAUAUAUUCCUAAGUUAUUUGAGUGAUUUGGGAUACCAUGCAUGGAUUUUUUUUUCUUGUAGAAGUACUUGAACAUGAAAGGGUAUUUCACGCAAGAUCUUGUACGUGUACCACAUGGUGGAAAUCAUUAUUUUAUUUAUAUAACCAUUUACGAGGUAAUCCUAAUCCGUUUUCUACUUUCUUGUCGAGGAACGUGGAUGAUUACCUAUGAAUUUUAUGGCUGUAAGAUAUAAUUGUAGAUAGGUUGUAGUUAUGGGUAGUUCUGGGGGAGUUUGAAUCUGAAAUUUGUACCACCAGUCUCGUGUGCCAUAAAAGGUGGGCGUAUCGUGUUUUUUUUCAGAUAUAAACCAAUUCUGCUGUAUUCCCUUUUAUAAGUUAACCAAAUAGAAGUUCAAAUAUCCCCUGUGAAAUGUAAGACAUUAGAUGUCAGUGUAGAUAAACCUUUUUGUAGAGCAAGAAUUUGCAAUGCCAAUAUUUCCACCAUUUAUAUUGCCAUUAUUGAGUUGUUUUGCCACCAGAUGAAUAUGGACUGUGUCCAUUCAUUUGUACCAUUUCAAUGAAUACAGUCCAUUGGUACAUCUCACUGUGAUGUUGAUCAACAAUGGAUAAUUGAAAUUGCUUUCAUUUGACCUUGUCACGUCCCCAAGAUUCAUUCUCGUAGGAAAAACUUUGUAAGCUUUGUAUGGUAUGAUUAGAUGGGAUGUAUUUUCUGGCCUGUAUUUCCGACUCCAUCUUACUUGGAGAGUUUUCCGUGGUCUUAAUCUGUGGUUCAAUUACCGAUAAACAAAUGUGAUGCAAAAACAUAGAUGUUUAAUCCAUCACAACGUUUGGCACUCAAAAGUCUCACAAAUACAAUCUGAGAAUGAUAAAUAUGAUAGUUUCCUUUGCUGUUAAAACAAGACCAAGAUAAAAGCCCAGUUAACGUAAGAACACACAAUUUAAACAAUUUUUGUACACCUUUACUUUCCUUUAAUCUAGUACACUUUAACCAUGGCUUAACCCUAACUAGGCGGGGGUGGGGAGGCUCCCGUGCCCCCCCCUUCCCCUGGCUCUUUUUGCGAUAAGCCCCAAAUGCAAGGAGAUACUGUCUCAACAUUUAAGACUUUCUUUUAAAUCUCAUGCAACUUUCGAGACCAAAUUUUCAACACUGAGUAUGCCAGAACAAUAAUGGAUGAAAAAACAUGUGUAGAAUUUCACUACAAGCAAUGUUUUAGCCUAAAUUCAUUUUUGGUUAACCUUUCAAUUACUAAUCUGGGGCCCGUUGCAGAAAGAGUUGCAAUCAAACGCAACUCUAAAAAUCAUGCGCAACUUGAUUUUUAACCAAUCAACAGCGCGCAUUUUGGACUUGCGAUUGAUUUUUUGACUUGCGUUUAAACGCAACUCUUUCUGCAACGGACCCCAGAACUGAUUACAUUCAUGCUGUUUUGAUCUCAAAAUUAACUAAGCAUAAUCAAUGAAACUACUAAAUUAUUAAAAAAAAUCAAUAAUACAGUUUACUAGUUUAUGCCACUGGCGACAUGCUUGCAUUCCCAACUGUAAGAUCCACCAAAAUAGAGUGGUCUAGUUUGGGUUAAGAUGAACCACAAGAUGGAAUACAGGCCUAUUCAUUUUGUACUCUGGGUGGGGUAUGGUCUUAGAUGAUAUAUAUUGGUGUAAUAUUAAAGUAUAAUGACUGAUGAAUGGUAUGUGUAUUCAAGCUGCAGUAUUGUUGGAUAAGUCGACGAUAUUUGAUAUUGCCUUCUGUGAUGGCCCAUUCAACUGUAAGAGAAAAGUUGAAUAGCUGUAGGUAAACUUGAACUCUUUUACUCUCUCUUCCUCUCUCUCUCUUUCCCCGCACCCCUUUGAGCUUAUUGAUUAACAAACCAUCCCUCAGAUCUGAUAGUAAAAAAUGAAAUUAUUUUGGGUAGAAAAUCCAGAAAAAAUGUCAUCUCAUUUUAUAAAAUUCUAUUGAACUAAUUCUGUGGAUAAUAUUUAUUGAAAUUGAGUCCAUUGGACCACUUUUCUUGGUUCAAAAUGUGAAUUGACUUCAAAUCGCAGUUCUUGGUCCACAUCACUUAUAUUCUGCACUUAUUUAGCGUGUCCCCUUUCAAGAAAAUUGAAUUAUCAUGAAGAAAAAGAUAUGAAAUUGUGAUUUGGUUAAUUUUUCAUAUUCAUGUUUUUAUCUCUGUUUCAAAUGCAGAAUUGUAAAUUCUUCAAAAUUGAAAUAAUUGUUCAGGGAGUCUUGAAUUUGUGCAGUUUUAUAUUCACAUUAUGUCAACCAGCAUCAGAACACUCAUUUAUUUUUUAUAAGUAUAUAAUAUUCAUACUGUGCACCUCUGAAAUGUAGGUGUUUAAUUUAUUAAAAUAUAUUAUACUAAUAAUAUUCCCCUUUCCAGCAAUUCCAAUGUCAUAAUUUAUUGAUAUUUGCAGUUUAGAACACCAACAAAAACAAAAUCUGAUUUAAAAAAAAGGAUUUAUAAAAAGUUCUUAUUGCUUCACCCAAAUGAAUUUUAGCCUUAUGUUGCUUCAUGCCCAAAUAGAUUGACCUUUCUCACAACAAAUACUUGAAUUAUUUGGAAUGUGAAGUUGAUCAUUUUUAAGUGAUUUGAUGAUAGAAAUGUAUGUCUCCAUUGUGCAGUUCUCCACUUAUAGAGCAGUACAGAACAGAACAAGUAGAAAACAAUUUAGAAAAGCUCUUGGGAUAAUUAACUGAUGUUAUCGAACUGUUCAUUCAUGGCUCAAAACAAGGUCAAUAUCAAUUUGCAUAAACAUCAUCCUUUUCCUCCAAAUUCAUGCAUGAAUUGGGUUUAAGAUUAUUUUGAAAUACAACUUCAGACUAUCAACCUAACAAAUCGGAAAGAAUUUUUUUUUUUUUUUUCAUUAUUAGUUAUUGCAUUUACUGAAAGACAUAAGUUAAAAUUUGGUAUUCAGUAAUGGUUAGAAAUUUGAAGGUACUACAACAGUGGAAUUCAUUUUUUGAGUACCUGUCCAGUUUUAAAUUUGUGUCCAAUUUAUUCAUUGAGAUUUGAGAGAUAUUUUAUUAACACAUUUUCAGUAUUAUGUUAUUGAAAUUAUUGAGAAAGAGAAUUUGUUUGCUUUAUCCAUUUCAUGAUCACUUGAUAAUUGAAAUAUUGCCCCAAAAGAUUAAUCUAUCUUGAUUUUAAGGCACUUGGUAGCUUAUCCCUCUUACAAUUUUCAUUUCGAGACGGAGGAUUUGAACAUGCUGCUGUCAGAAUCAAGAGGUUAAAACACUUGAAAAGAUGAUUACGUAAUCAAUGAAUGAUUGAUGAUCAUGAUUACUUAAUGUGUUUUGUAAUUGAGAGUGUGUGUGGGAUGAAAUAAUGCACUCUAUUGUUAAUUAAGGUCAUGUGAUUAAUACUUCAGGUGAUAUGAAUAAUAACAUCUGAAAGCUUUUUAUCUAGUCUGCAGGCACAGACACUUGGUGUCACAAAGUGCAUAAUGCAGAGUCUGAAGUUGGAGACUACAUCUAGAUUCGCUCAUGUGCUUUGGCUGCUUCCUCCGAACACACACACACAGGGUUUGAAGUCUAGUCUCCAUCCUAGACAUGUUAUUUGUUAAAGUGUCAACUUUGAGUCUGUGUUUGUAGACUACUUGAUAUCUUUAAUAUCAAUACUGGAGGGGGAUGUUGUUGAGACUAGUUAUUUAGUGUGACACAGAAAUUGAAAUCAUUUAAACCCGAACAAUUUCAUCCUCUCACUCACUUUGAUUUUUCACCAUUGUGGGGGGGGGGGGGGUAAUCUCUUUGGGUGGACCUUUACUUCCAUCGACUUGGCAUUGUCCCAUCGGUUUAUAAAUUACCAAGUUGUUUGAUUAUAACUAUAUGUAUGUUUGUUACGUGUAUAGCUCCAUUGUCCGUUUAGGAGGUAGAUAUCUGUCCAUGUUUUCAUACUAAUAAACCUUAUCUCAAUGCACAUUGA